CUUGAUUGUCUUUGCUUUUACACCGGCUGCUAAAGUUUGAUGCUUUGGAUUUUCUUCCACGUCUGGAUAAACUCUUUGGAUAAGUCAUCAUGUCAACACCUGUACAGGUGGAGCCCAUCAUGGAGAAGAGGCACGGAGGAGUUGGCCGCUGCAAGUGCUCAUUCUGGUUCGCAGUGGCCCACGACAUACUCGGUGUCUUGAUUAUAAUGAUUGGGGUGUUUGGAGGACUGGUUAUCCACGAUCUGUGUGUCUACGGCGGGGCCAUUAUCCUCUUCCUCAGCCUGAUCUGGUGGGUGUUCUGGUACACGGGGAACAUCGACGUGCCGCCGGAGGAGCUGGAGGACGACGUGGGCAUGACGAAGCAGAAGAACCGUGGACUGAGCCGGGCGGUGAGGCGCUUGUCUGAUCGCCUCGCCAGCGGGAUCAGGAACUCCCUCAGAAAGAGCGGCAGGCUGGUUAGACAGGGCUCCCCGGGCGACAACGGAGUUGUAAACGCCGGUGCAGAUGUGUCGCUCUCUACAAUCUAUGACGGCACCCUGGCUUCUACUUCAAACGAAUUUGUGAGAGAGACACUGUCAGUGUGAGCUGCUCCACGGCAGACACAGAGACACUGGACUGCGAUCAUUAUAUUUGCCUUUUGUUGAAAGGGAUUUUGUGUUUGCUCUACCAACAUACACAAGUAAUGAUUAGGUAACAAUGAAGUGCUGCCCUGACAAGAGCCACAUGAUUGUACCUUGCUGAUAAGAUGCAAACUUUGCACACUAUAACAGUGUUUUUACAUGACACCGAUUAAGAGACAACAGCUUCCUCACUUAUCACUAUUUCUGAUAUUAUUCGCGUCACAGAUUUUGACUGUAAAUAGAAAAUGAAAAGGUAUGUUGAUAAAUGUGUUACGAACAGCCUUUUAUUGUAAAAGAACGGCAUUAGAAAUGUGCUAAACAUGAUCAGAGGACUGAUGUAUGGUUUUUAUGGUUUUUGUAACAAGUUAGAUUUAUAACAUUUACUCAAAUUAAUAUUUUACUUUUAAUAUUUACUUUAAAAAAGCUUCAAUAUCGUCACGCAAAUUAAACACAUUGUAGUUUUGAUAACACAGGAAAGUUCCAUGCUUGUUUAUGCGUCAUGAAAGUGAUAACUCAAGCUAAGUUUAGAUCAAG